GCCGGCUUUGAUUCUCAAUACCACUACCACCAAAGCCAAAAAAACUUCCAUUAUAGUUUCCACCCUCUUACUACAACAACAACUAAUACUACAUACUACUUCAAAAAAAGAAGUUGUUUUAGUUUCUUGGUUUAGUUUUUCAAUUAUUAAGCCAAGGAAAUUAAAGAGGAAAACCGGUCAUGGGAAGGUCACCGUGUUGUGAAAAAGCACAUACAAAUAAAGGAGCAUGGACUAAAGAAGAAGAUGAAAGGCUAAUUGCUUAUAUUAGAACUCAUGGCGAAGGUUGUUGGAGGUCUCUUCCUAAAGCUGCUGGACUUCUUCGGUGUGGAAAAAGUUGCCGUCUUCGUUGGAUUAAUUAUUUGAGGCCUGAUCUUAAACGUGGUAAUUUUACUGAAGAAGAAGAUGAACUCAUUAUCAAACUCCAUAGCCUUCUCGGUAACAAAUGGUCACUUAUAGCUGGAAGAUUACCGGGAAGAACAGAUAAUGAGAUAAAAAACUACUGGAAUACACACAUAAGAAGGAAACUUUUGAGUCGUGGUAUUGAUCCUACUACACACAGGGCAGUUAACGAGCCUAAUACAACUCCAAAAGUCACAACAAUUUCUUUUGCUGCUCGAAAUAAUAAAGAUGAAGAAGAUCAGAAGGUCAAUGUUAAAGGUGAAUUAUCUGGGCUUAGCCAAGAAGAUGAAAUUAGCAGCAACAGCAGCCAUUUUCAAGAACAGUACUGUCCUGACUUAAAUCUUGAGCUCAGAAUUAGCCCUCCUUAUCAGCAAAAUUACCAAAAUGAUCAAGAUUUGAAACCGAGUCCGAGGUGUUUUGCAUGCAGUUUGGGCAUACAAAAUAGUAAAGAUUGCAGUUGCAGUAAAAAUAAUAUGGGUAAUAUUGCAAGCUAUGAUUUUUUAGGAUUAAAGACUAAUGGUGUUUUGGACUAUAGAACUUUGGAGACUAAGUGAAAGUUAUUUGGAUUAACUUUUCUUUUUGCCCUCUUGUGCAUUUGGGUAAGAAAGGAAAAGAGGAUUAAGAAAGACAGAGCUAUUAGUUUAAGUUCUUUCGAUUUUUCUUUUAUUUCUAAAAUUGAAAGUAUUAUUAUAUUAAAUUGAAAGCAGUAUAGCAGUGUACCUUACGACAUUUAUACUAGUAGUAUCAUUUUGGAGGAAUUUGCUGAUUAA